UCAAAUUCCCUGACCUAAACCGACUUCCGUUGGUCCCUCCCAACGGCCUUUUCUUUCUUUUUUCCUUCUAAUCUCAUCUCGAAGAACCCUAAUUCCAUCUCAUCUUAUCGCGAGAGCUAUCAAUCGUCAAUCGAGACAUUGGGUUCUGGAGGAUUUGAUAGGGUUUGACCGGAAAAAAGGAAAGGCCAAAAUGUCAGCGAAGUUCUCGCCGACGCUGCGGCUGACCGAUCUCAAUGACUUCAUUGCCCCGACGCAGGAGUGCAUAAUCACGGGGCGCAAACCAAAUAUUGAGAAGCCUGAGCGGAAUCAAGGGAAGUUCAGUGGUGGUUUUAACAAUACAUCAUCACCUGCGGAGGCAGUGAAAAUCUCGCUGAAAGAUUGCUUAGCUUGCAGUGGUUGCAUAACUUCAGCUGAAACGGUUAUGCUGGAGAGGCAAAGUUUGGAUGAGUUUUUGUCACAACUCAACUCAGACAAGACUGUUAUUGUUUCUCUUUCUCCCCAGUCAAGGGCAUCAUUGGCUUCUCAUUUUGACCUUUCUCCAGCUCAGGUUUUCGGUAAACUCACUGCUAUGUUCAAGUCAAUUGGAGUGAAGGCAGUGUACGACACCAGUUGCAGCAGGGAUUUAUCUCUCAUUGAAGUGUGUAAUGAGUUUAUUUCACGGUACAGAGAAUAUCAAUUGAAUAUUGGCAAAGUUAAUGGACAAGUGCUUCCAAUGGUUUCAUCCGCAUGUCCAGGCUGGAUAUGCUAUGCUGAAAAGACACUUGGUUCAUAUAUCCUUCCACAUAUUUCUUCCGUGAAAAGUCCACAGCAGGUGAUGGGUGCUGCUAUAAAGCAUCAUUUAUCACAGAAGAUUGGUCUUCCGCCUGACAAAGUCUAUCAUGUGACUGUGAUGCCCUGCUAUGAUAAGAAGCUUGAAGCUGCUAGGGAAGAUUUUGUCUUUUCAAUGGAUGGGGAAGGAGAAAACAUUUGUGAUGCUUCAGUCGUGAAGAUUACUGAGGUUGACUCUGUAUUGACGUCAGGAGAAGUUCUAGACCUCAUUCGUUCAAAAUCUAUUGAUUUCAAAGGCUUGGCUGAAGCUCCUCUUGAUAAGCUGUUGACAAAUGUUGAUGAGGAAGGUCAUCUUUAUGGAGUGUCUGGCGGUGCAGGUGGUUAUGCUGAAACAGUUUUUCGGCAUGCUGCUAAGACCCUUUUUGGGAUAGACCUUGAGGGCCCACUCAACUUCAAAACUGUCCGCAACUCUGAUUUUCGAGAAGUAAUUCUGGAAGUGGAAGGCACUGCAGUCUUGAAAGUUGCACUUUGCUAUGGAUUCCGAAACUUGCAGAAUAUAGUAAGAAAAAUUAAAAUUGGGAAAUGUGACUAUCAUUUUCUGGAAGUCAUGGCAUGCCCCUCAGGUUGUCUUAAUGGUGGAGGCCAAAUUAAGCCAAAGGCAGGGCAGUCUGCCAAAGACCUAAUUCAACAGUUGGAAGAUGUAUAUAUGCAAGAUGUAUCGAUUGCCAACCCUUUUUUGAAUCCUAUAGUCAGAUUAUAUGAUGAGUGGCUUGAAGAACCUGGUUCAGAGAAAGCAAAAAGGUACAUACACACUGAAUACCAUCCCUUGGUGAAAAGCAUUGCUUCGGAGCUACACAACUGGUGAUGCAAUUUUUUCCCUCCAUUUCUCGAGCCAGAGGCAGUUUCAAUCAUGGUUUUCGGCAGCUGUUAUGCCCUGGGAACGACAACUGUUUAUGAUAAAAGUAAAACACAUCUCACCAUACAAGCAUCAGAUCAUCUGUUCCUUGGAGUUGAGGCUCAUGAAAUAAUUUUGCAGGCAGGUAACCCUAUGUCAUGUAUAUAUUAUUGCCCGCUUUGACGUAUGUGUGGCAUAUCGAGGUUCAUGUGCUUUUAUUUUUAUAGGUGUAAAAUAAUUAAAAAAGAAAAAAAGAAAAAAGAACAAUGCUCAUUAACUAGAACAUGUUAGGAGGUAUGGCUUUUAUAACUCUUCGCGUUCUUCCUUAUUGUAUCAUAUGGAUGCUAUGAUUUGUUUUUCUGCAAUACAAAUGUUUUCAAAUGGUAA